GGUUAAACGUUGUGAAGUUCAAUGCCGAAAAUAUGUGUAAAAAUCAGAUAAAUAUAACACCGUGUAAUACAGCUGGAAGUGUAAAGGAAACUUUUUUAAAGUAGAAAAAUGGCUGUUAAAAUGCAUCAGCAGUAUGUCACAAUUGGUAUGAACAGCCUUUAAAAUACGAAACUACCACAACCAGGACGAUGAACAAAUUCAGUUUUGCUAUAAAUACUGAAGACGUUCCUAGAUGAUUUGGUAAAGGUUCUUCAAGAAAUAUUGUGUUGGCAGCAGUUGCCCAAAAUGUCACACACAAGCGAUACCGAAGUGUCGGGAUCGGUCGAACCAAUCAUACGCCAUCCGAUGAGAUCUACAAGGCAGAUACCCUUACCCGCACCCCAACCUGUAAAUAACAAAUCGAAACCAACGAAAGAACUAUCACCAGCGGAGGCAAAACGCAAGCAAUUAAAAGUAUGGAAAAAUGUGCUUGUCGUUGCAGUCGCCUUUUUGAUGAACUUCACAGCAUUUCAGUCGCUUUCGAAUCUCCAAAGCAGUUUAAACAGAGAGGAAGGUCUAGGAGUUGCCGGCCUCUCAGUCGUCUACGCUGCUCUUGUUAUAUCAUGCAUGUUCCUGCCGACGAUCCUUAUUAAGAAUAUCGGCUGUAAAUGGACGAUUAUGUGUUCCCUUUUGACGUACGCGGCGUACAUCGCCGCUAACUUUUACGCCACUUGGGGUACCAUCAUCCCCGGGGCGAUCAUUCUGGGAUUAGGGGCGGCGCCUUUAUGGUCUGCUAAAUGUACUUAUUUAACAGAAACAGCCGAGGAAUACAGUGGGAUAACCAAGGAAACGACAGAAGCUGUCAUUAACAGAUUCUUUGGCGUAUUCUUUUUUAUAUUUCAGUCAGGUCAGAUAUGGGGGAAUUUGAUAUCUUCUCUGGUGCUUACCAAACUGCCAGAGAAUGGAACGGACGUCAUUCCAGAGUACAUUUUACAAAACUGCGGAGCCCAGUACUGCCAAGAGCCAGAAGAUAAUUCAAAUAGUAAUCUAGAGAGGCCAGAAUUAUCCCAGGUGUACAUGCUGUGUGGUAUCUACCUCUCAUGUUCUUUACUGUCCUCAGUCAUCACUGCAAUUUUCCUGGACAACCUUAAAUCAAAGCCUGAUGAUAUAACCAUGGUUACCAAACAACAAGAUCCAGUCACAGAACCAAGUACCUCAGGAAGUAUAUCUACAUUAACAACAGUGUAUGCUUCAAAUGAUUUAUCAACGAAUUCUGUAGAUGAUGGUGAAAAUGCAAGCAAUGGGCAUGAGAUUGUUGAAUUUGAUGCAUCUAAGGAAAAUCUGAUAAAGACCGAAUCUUGUUGGAAGAGAUUGAAACCGCAGUAUUUGAUAGCCACAUUAAGGCACAUGAAACAUAGGAGUCAGCUAUUGUUGAUCCCGUUGACAAUAUACAGUGGACUGGAACAGGCUUUUCUGGCCAGCGACUACACCAAGGCCUAUGUGAGCUGUGCCUUGGGAAUAUGGAUGGUUGGCUAUGUCAUCAUAUGUUUUGGAGUCACAAAUGCACUUUGUUCUUUGAUAUUUGGAAGACUAGUUAAGUAUGUUGGACGAAUACCAUUCUUUGUACUUGGUGCAGUACUGAACUAUGGUGUGCAAAUAACCUUGUUGAUAUGGCAACCAUCAGCCAAUCAGCUGGCUGUAUUUUUUGCCAUGUCAGCAUUAUGGGGAAUGUCAGAUGCAGUUUGGCAGACUCAGAUCAACGCCCUCUAUGGGAGCAUUUUCACCAGUAAAUCAGAACCAGCAUUUGCGAACUAUCGCUUAUGGGAAUCUCUCGGUUUUAUCAUAGCGUAUGCCUACAGUAAUUUCUUAUGCAUUUCCACUAAAAUCUACAUUCUUAUGACUAUUUUGACAGUUGGUAUGAUAAGUUAUGGAUUUUUAGAAUUUCGUGAGCGAAGAAUUGCCAAAUUGAAUCGUAUGGAAGAACUCAGGGAGGAAGCUUACAGUAAUCCUGCCAUGGACUGGAAAGAUUAUGGAACUGUUUAUGAAACGAAUAUCUAAAUACUGUAGACUAAACAGAUAUAGGGUUUUCUUCCCCUAUU